AAUAAAGAAGGGCACGUAAUCAAAUCGACCGUUUCUCUCUCUAGGGUUUCUCUCACUCUCUCUACAGGAUCUCGAUUUCUUGGGAAUUCCGGCGAUCAGAUCGCCGGAUCUGCUCGAAUUCGCAUUGAGAAGCGAUGUUUCUUGUCGAUUGGUUCUAUGGCGUGCUCGCGUCGUUGGGAUUGUGGCAGAAAGAGGCCAAGAUCUUGUUUCUAGGGCUCGAUAACGCGGGAAAGACCACGCUUCUUCACAUGCUCAAGGACGAGAGAUUGGUUCAGCAUCAGCCGACGCAGCAUCCGACGUCGGAGGAGCUGAGCAUUGGGAAGAUAAAGUUUAAAGCUUUUGAUCUUGGAGGUCACCAUAUCGCUCGGCGCGUUUGGAAGGAUUAUUAUGCUAAGGUGGACGCUGUGGUUUAUCUAGUGGAUGCAUAUGACAGAGAGAGGUUUGCGGAAUCAAAGAAGGAGCUCGAUGCACUCCUCUCAGAUGACUCCCUCGCAAACGUCCCCUUUCUCAUUCUAGGAAACAAGAUAGACAUCGCAGCUGCAGCAUCGGAGGAGGAGCUGCGCUUCCACCUUGGUUUGAGCAACUUCACCACCGGAAAGGGCAAGGUCAAUCUCGUAGACUCCAAUGUGCGCCCCCUCGAGAUCUUUAUGUGCAGUAUCGUUCGCAAGAUGGGAUAUGGUGAUGGCUUCAAGUGGCUCUCCCAGUACAUCAAGUAGCGAGUAACUACUUGGGUGAAGAAUCCCUCUGUAGGCAUGUUUUCCUUUUUAUAUUUUGCAUGCUUUUUUUUUAUUUUGUUCUUGAUUAAAUGAAUUAAAAAGCUGCUUCUGUUAUAUUUAGAACAGAAUGGAGGCGAUGUAAAGCAGAAACUCGAUAUCGUUAUCUUCUGAUACAGCGGUCUUUCCUGCAGUCGUCGGGUUUUAUUUCUUC